AUGAACAGGGACUGCCGCACAUUCGGCCGCAAACAGGUACACAUUAGAUCUCCCGAAUGGGUUGUGGAAACUGCCGAAUGUUUGGUUGGUGCAGCCAUGGCCACGAAUUCAGCUGAAUGUUCGGCCCGCAAACUCAGGACAAUGGCAAGUGCUUCUGGUUCAGGAACUAAGGGGAACAUGGCAGUGAACAUGCGAAAGGCUCCCCCUUUGAUGGUGGACUCUGCAGCAGGCAUGGACUGUGCUGGGAGUGCUGCUAGGACCAGGGAUGAGGAGGACGGUGUGGUAGAAAAUACGGGUGAGUUGGCCACCAACGCGGUUGGUCACCUUGUUACUGGCAUUAGGAAUUCGCUUGGGGGGAGAGCCGGGAACACAGCUCCUAGUGGGGGGUGGCUAGCAGGACUACGGCUAGGCCCUUGCAUUCUAGUGAUGCAAGACACCAUUCUGUUUCCCUGGUAGUCAUGGGGAAGGAGCGGUUCCCCAAUGUCCCCUCUUAGGCAGUACAGGGGCUACACACUCACUGUGGGUCACCACUUAGGCGAGACAGCAGGGGACAGCCUGAUAGGAUUUCCCCAUGGGUGGGCGGUUAUCGCCACACUCAUUACUCAGACGUUAGGUCUCCUAAGGAUGCUGAUGGGCGGAACUCUAGAUAUCGCUCUAGGAGUGUUCUUAGGGAGCGGAGACAUGGAGACCACAGGGGGUCACCUGGAGACAUUGUCCAGGACCGGCACUCAGGUCCCCCCGUUCAGAGAUAAGGUGACAGACACCGGGCAUAUUGUUCUGCUAGCCGAAGUUCUCAGGAACGGAACGCCAGAGGGCACAAUCCCCGCAGGCAUGGCCUACAGGGUCAGGACUCUGGAUGUGAAGACGGAACUUGCUUAA